AUGUGGGGGUUUGCAGUUCAAUCAAUCAAUGAGUUGAUUGAGAAGUAUUCGAUAAAUGUAGAGUUACACUCGCAUGUAUCGAGACGGCGUUUUGCCUGGAACCUCUCGAAGGAAGUAGGAAAAUUAUUUUCCGUUUUUGAAGCAUGCCAUAAUUCAUUUUAUACGAACGCAAAUGACGUCGGGGAUUUGAAAACCAAGGUUUUAUAUCGAGGAUCGGACGGUAACUCUCAUUGGAAAGAAACAAGUCAACUUACAUUACCAAAAGGACAGAAUACUUUGUCAUUUAAAGCGCCAUCACUCAUAAUUUUUGCUGGUUGCUUGGGUGUUUUCGUUUACGCGCAGUUCCAAGAAACAGUUAAUCCAAACUCUACCUGGGGAGUUUUGUAUAGACGACUUGUGACUGAUCCUUUGAAAUGGCUGGGUGCGGACAAGACGGAGGGGCAACCAAUCCCGGGCCCAUCCUCUCAUCUGAAGUAG